UAAUUCCCGGUUCAAACAAACCUAAUCCGGUUCGGAUAAUACCCAAUUAAAACCCUAAUAAAAAAAGCCUCUCGAUUACCGAAGAAACAGAGAGGAUAAACGCAGGCUUUGUGGAGGUGGAAUCAUUAGGGAAGUAGAAAAAAUGAGACCACCGAUGGGCAGCGGAAGAACUGGUGGUGGCGGACGUGAUUCAUGCCCUGAGAAGAAAGAGAAAGAGAAAGACCCAACAAGUAGACUUUGCUCGGAUUUGAGUGAUUUACAAAUAGAAAAAAUCGCAAGUACUCCUACGUUCCAAUGGAUUUCAGUCUAUAACAAACGUCCUCCUAUGAAACAGAGAUUUCAUCACAACGUAGCAAAUUCAAGGUUGCACCAUCAUGUAGAGAAAGCUAACAAUGAUGGCCUUUUUAUAAGCUGUGUAGCAUCAGAAGCUAAUCUAUGGGCAUUCGUCGUGGAUAAAGGGACUGGUUUCACUUCUCAAGUUUAUACAGUUAUCUCAGCCUUCCUCCCCAAGGACUGGAUUAUGAAACAAUGGGAGAAGAACUACUAUAUCAGUUCCAUAGCUGGUGCAAAUAAUGGGGGCUCGUUGGUCGUUAUGUCAAAAGGAACUCUUUAUACCAAGCAAUCAUACAAAACCAGCCACUCAAUUCCAUUAAAGUGGAUGGAUAAAAAGUGGAAAGAAGGUUUUCAUGUAACAUCCAUGACCACUGCUGGGAGUGGUUGGGGUGUAGUAAUGUCCAGGAACUCAGGCUUCUCUGAACAGGUGAUGGAGCUUGACUUCUUGAACCCAAGUGAAGAUAUAAAUCGAAGGUUGGAGAGUGGAUACAGGAUAACAUCAAUGGCUGCAACAGCUGAUCAAGCAGCUCUUAUAUUGAGUAUACCCAAACGAAAAAUAACCGAUGAAAUCCAAGAGACUUUACGUACUUCUUCCUUCCCUAGCUCCUAUAUCAAGGACAAAUGGGAGAAAAAUAUGUUCAUAACAUCAAUAUGUUAUGGUCGGACAGUUUGCUAAUGAAACAUGGAGCAUAUAUAUUCUUGUAGCUGUUGCGUUAAUAUAUGUGGUUAGCUGGUUAUUUGAGCUAUUCAAUGCGUAAACAGAGUGGUCACCUAGUCAAUGAAGUGAGGUCAUGAAGAGAAACAGAUACAUCUUACCUGUUUAGAGUAGUAGAAGAACUAAAACAACCACAGUAAAAAUUAGUGGUUAUAAAAAUGCGGUCGCCUCUCUUCCUCUUACACUAUUUCUCUUUAGUUUCCCCAAAUCUCCUCUGCCAAAAAAGUUAUAGAGCGUGAUACAUUUGACCAAAUUACUCUUCCUCUUUGGUUUCGUGACGGCUUUACUUGGUAUCAUCCCAGCUGAUCCACCACUGUGGAGACUCCAACGAGUUUCUCUGUUUGUGACCAUCUCCACUUCUCAUUGCUCAAUGACAAUUGUUUGACCUUCCUUGAAAGUAGUCCUCUCACCUUGGUCUCUAAUAAUGCUGUUUCUUACUCUUCUCUGCUUCCUCUACUUCUGCUUGGACAACAUCUUUGGUCGUUGAAUGAGUUCUUGACAUUAUUCUGCAACAAACUUCUAUCAUCGAACUCUUCAUUUGUGUUUAGCUUCUUUGUGUUUAAUUUGUAAUCGAAAAACAAAAGUUAUUCUUUACUAUUUGAAUUCUCUCUAUCAUUUACCGCGGAGUUAUUUAUUGGGCUAAAAUAAUAUAUAUGAGGCCCAUUGGUUUUAAUGUCAUAUCGACGGCCCGGUUUGCGUAUAAACAGUCAUGAUCAGAUCUAGACCG